AGGAAAUAUGCGAACCAUCAUGUGGUAAUAUUAAUCAUGAGGGGGAAAAAAUGGAUCGUAAAAACGCAUGAUAGAAUCACAUAAUGGGAAAUGUGAAAAACCAGACACGUGAUUUUCACGUGACGUUUCCGUAACAGUUUUUUUCUUCUUUUUUUUUUUAAUGGUAUAAAACGUGCGUACUGUAUACUGAACAAUUUUGUUUAAUGUUUUGAAAGUGUAAUUCAUUUAGGAGUCUCAAAAAGUUGCCCACUGGGUAUCAUACAGACACACACACACACACACACACACACACCUUAACAUGACACUAGAGGUGUGAGAUCGGGACUGGCACCCACAAGGCACAAAAAAACGAGGCCAAUAGGAGUGGUCAGAAUUCCUUCAGGAGUAGGAUUAUAAAAACUUCCUGUACAUACUGUACAUCUACAUGACACCGUUUUGUCUGGUCCAUACACCUUUGUGUCUGGGUGAGUCUCAGUGACUCAAUGAUUAUGUCUAUUCUUCACGACUCUGACCGUGGCCAAGCCUUACACGCCUCAGCCAAUAGCUGAAGACGAGAGAAAAUAUUUGACAUCACGCCCUUAUCAGCAAACGGAAGAGGACGACUCGGAGUCGAGUCCAACAGUCGUUCAGGUGAAGGAUCACACACACACACACCCAAGGAUAAAACUCUACCGUCACACUCUGCAGUUUCAUGUUGGCAAACUGCAGGCACUAGCUUCUUGCACAGAGAUGGAAAAUGAACCGAUUACCGUCGAGUAUAUUCCAGCGAAACAGUCUAUGUGGUGGGGAACUCUCGGGACCGUCCGGCCGUUUCUGCCGUUCGAGCCGUAUCUGGACGCGCGUCAGAUUUACACCGCGCUGAAUAAGAAAAACGCUGACGUGAUGACCGUGAUGAAGAUCCUUACUAACAGGACCAACGCGCAAAGACAGGGCAUCGCGUCGGCCUAUCAAAACCACACACAGAAGGUGGAUCUGAGUGCAACUCUGAAGAAAAGCCUGUCAGGUGCUGUGCAGGAGCUGCUUCUGGCCCUCAUGAUGACUCCAGCUCGCUUUGACGCUCAUCGCCUUCGACAGUCCAUGGAGGGGCUCGGCACGGACGAGGAAGCGCUUCUGGAGGUCUUGUGCACCAGAUCACCAGACCAACUCCGAGAUAUCACUGUAGCGUACCAUGAAGCGUAUGGCCGUUAUCUGGAGAACGACCUGAUCAGUGAGACGAGUAAAGAAUUUACCAAACUGGUACUGGCCAUAUUGAAGAAGGAAGAGCUGAACACACCUGGAAAGAUUGAUUAUGAGCUCAUUGAUCAAGAUGUCAAGCAACUCAGAGAUGCUGUUAUUGGAAAGAAACCGAAUCCUGAGCCCUGGAUUCAGGUGCUCACAUCACGCAAUUCUGACCAUCUCAACAGAGUGCUUUCUAGGCUCGAGGAUCAGAAAGGCGAGACAGUGGAUAAAACCAUCCAGAACAACUUCUCGGGAGACUUGCGACUUGGUCUACGGAUUUUGGUUCAAACGAUCCAAAACACACCACACUUCUUGGCCCAGCGCUUACACACCUGCAUGAAGAAAAACGCUGUGGUUCGUGGAAUCAUGGUGGCUCGGAGUGAAGAGGACCUCCUGUGGGUGAGGGUCGAGUUCUGCAAACUGACCAAUCUCUCCCUCUACUCCACCAUCCAGAAAGAAUUCAAAGGGGAGCUGCAGCUGGCUCUUCUGGCUCUGUGUCGAUCUGAGGAUGGGUAGAAGAGCAAGUGUGGAAGUGAUGCAAAGAGUGAGGCAUAUUGGAUUUAAUCGCAAUUAAACCUGUACAGAAUUCAGUUUCAAUGAUUAAAUACACAUUCGCUAUCCCGAGUUACCCCGAGUUGCCCUGGUUUAAACCAUAAUAAAGAGAAAUUUCAAUGU